UCUAGGUCUCGCAAUAAGAAAAGAAAGGGGGUGAGAUAGGCGACAGGUAGCUUGUCGCGGCCCGCAUGUGAUAAUAGUAAGGGAGGAAUCAAGAGAUCUUUGCCGGUGCUGACUUGGAUCUCGGGUGACGGAAUAAGGCGCCCAGAAGCGACGAGCAGUCGCGGUCGAAGCUUGGCUCUAGGCGAUAGGCUAGCUGUAAGCUUGGCUACAGCGAAGCGCUUACCAAGUGCGAAGGAUUCGUUCCUCUCCCAGCGGAUGCGCGUCGUUAGCCUUUCUCUAAAGUAGGCUUUCGCGCCCCCUUCCUUUACGUUGUUGGCCGAGCGUCUUCAAACCUUCGCCACUUGAGCCGUAUGCGGGGGAACUCGCACGUGCGGUUCUUAGGGGGGAGAGCUAGUGGGAACCAUCCUAUCCCAAUAGCGUAUAUUUGGAGCUCAAUAUGAAAUCAUCUUUUCUUGCAAGACCCGUUCGGAUAAGGGAAAACUCCAGAGAUUGCUUCGAAGUAAGAUCCUUGCGUUGACCCUCUCCUGAACCUGGGGGGAGGGGUUGAGAGGAAAAGGGGAUCCAAAUUUCCCAUCAAUAAAGUGAGGGCUUUCCUUUUUUUUUUUAGUGCCUUCCCCACCCCUCUUUCCUUACCCUCUCACUCCCCCUUUUUCAAGAAAAAAGCCCCGCUCCCUAAGAAGGGGCCCCUCUCUGAUAAGGAAGGAAACGAAAGAUUCUCCAUUUUAUGACAAAUCCGGUCCGAUGGCUGUUCUCCACCAACCACAAGGAUAUAGGGACUCUAUAUCUCAUCUUCGGUGCCAUUGCUGGAGUGAUGGGCACAUGCUUCUCAGUAUUGAUUCGUAUGGAAUUAGCACGACCCGGCGAUCAAAUUCUUGGUGGGAAUCAUCAACUUUAUAAUGUUUUAAUAACGGCUCACGCUUUUUUAAUGAUCUUUUUUAUGGUUAUGCCGGCGAUGAUAGGUGGAUCUGGUAAUUGGUCUGUUCCGAUUCUGAUAGGUGCACCUGACAUGGCAUUUCCACGAUUAAAUAAUAUUUCAUUCUGGUUGUUGCCACCAAGUCUCUUGCUCCUAUUAAGCUCAGCCUUAGUAGAAGUGGGUAGCGGCACUGGGUGGACGGUCUAUCCGCCCUUAAGUGGUAUUACCAGCCAUUCUGGAGGAGCAGUUGAUUCAGCAAUUUCUAGUCUUCAUCUAUCUGGUGUUUCAUCCAUUUUAGGUUCUAUAAAUUUUAUAACAACUAUCUCCAACAUGCGUGGACCUGGAAUGACUAUGCAUAGAUCACCCCUAUUUGUGUGGUCCGUUCCAGUAACAGCAUUCCCACUCUUAUUAUCACUUCCGGUACUGGCAGGGGCUAUUACAAUGUUAUUAACCGAUCGAAACUUUAAUACAACCUUUUCUGAUCCCGCAGGAGGGGGGGACCCCAUAUUAUACCAGCAUCUCUUUCGGUUCUUCGGUCAUCCAGAGGUGUAUAUUCCCAUUCUGCCUGGAUCCGGUAUCAUAAGUCAUAUCGUUUCGACUUUUUCGGGAAAACCGGUCUUCGGGUAUCUAGGCAUGGUUUAUGCCAUGAUCAGUAUAGGUGUUCUUGGAUUUCUUGUUUGGGCUCAUCAUAUGUUUACUGUGGGCUUAGACGUUGAUACCCGUGCCUACUUCACCGCAGCUACCAUGAUCAUAGCUGUCCCCACAGGAAUCAAAAUCUUUAGUUGGAUCGCUACCAUGUGGGGGGGCUCGAUACAAUACAAAACACCCAUGUUAUUUGCUGUAGGGUUCAUCUUUUUAUUCACCAUAGGAGGACUCACUGGAAUAGUCCCGGCUAAUUCUGGGCUAGACAUUGCUCUA